CCGUCAUUCAUCGUGAAAAUCAGGUAUGCACUUAGACGGUCACUUUGCAAUGUCGAAGUAAUUAUUUUAGACGGUCACCUACCACCUACCGUUUUGAGUUGAAUUCGGGUUUACGAUGAAAGUCAGGGAAGAGUUCGCUCACUUCCCUGGAAGUCGGAGGAUUAGAAAAUAUGUUGGAGAAAAGAAAGAGGAUAAUUUAACAAAUGGAAGCAGAUUCGGGAGUUGAACAGCAGAAAUAAAUUUGAUCAAGUAGUGGGGAACGUACCGUUUUUCUUUCUAACCCUCUGUAAAUUCUCCGUCACCGCUUCCACCGCCAUACUCCGCGGGUCAAAUUUCCGUCGUCGGGCGAGUGUGAGAGAUCGGCGGCGACUGAAUCUUCUCCGCCCCAGUCGCGGGGUGAGCAGGUAGGGAGGAGAUGGGGAACGCGAGCGGUCGGGGCGGGAUGGAGGACGCUGACGACGGCGACGACUCUGUCCGAUCGAGAUCCGACGCCGGUUCGAGCUCCAACCACAUUCGCCGCAUCCGAUCCGUCGAAUCGGUUGAUAUUUUGCCGCCGGAGAGCCCUAGCCGCUCCCGAUCGCCUCUCAUGUUCGCCCCGCAGGUUCCUGUACCACCUUUGUCAGGAGCUUCUGAUCCCCCUCCUAUAUUUGAUCAACUAUGGCCGAAUGGACCUGAUCAACAAUUUGACGAUCCCCUCGAAAAGGGAGUUCCAAUACUGAUAACAUGGAACCGAGGUGGAAAUACUGUCCUAGUGGAAGGAUCAUGGGAUAACUGGACUUCAAGAAAAUCUUUACAGAGAUCCGGCAAGGACCAUGCCAUUUUGUUGGUUCUCCCUUCUGGUGUCUACCACUACAAGUUCAUAGUCGAUGGACAGCCGAGACAUAUGCCCGAUCUGUCUUUCGUAACCGAUGAGAUGGGAAAUGCCGUUAAUCUCCUUGAUGUCCAAGAUCAUGUUCCUGAAAAUGUGGAGAGCAUUUCUGAAUUCGAUUCUCCAGCUUCACCCGACUCUAGUUACGCCUGGUCGUCACCUGCAGACGAAGAUUUCGGAAAGGAACCGCCAGUCGAACCGCCCCACCUGCAUUUAACAGUUCUGGAGAUGCAGAAUGCAGACAACAAAGAAGCCCCGGUAACGCCUGAGCAUGUCGGGUUGAAUCACCUUUGCAUAGAGAAAGGAUCAUCUUCACAGUCAAUAGUGGGGCUUGGCGUGACGCAUCGGUUCCGGUCCAAGUACGUCACUGUGGUGCUCUACAAACCCAUCCGAAGGUGACGAAUGCUUUUCGUCGUGCCCUGCUCAACGGUUCUUUCAUCGCGUUCUACUCCCACACGAAGUUGGCUUCGACUAACCAUAGUCGAUACCAUGUCCUCUUAGUAGUGACUCUUCAUUUAUUGCUCAAUCAAGGAUCUCCUGAUGAGAAUUUAUUCUUUGAACUUUUAGAAUGCAACAUUUUGCUGAUGAAAAACGCUGAGGAACUAAGCCAUGUAACAUCAAUUCAAUCCUGUGUAAUUUUGUCGA